CAUGGAGUUUCUGAUGACAGAGGCAACUUGCAAACUUCUUAUCAUUUUAUGCAUGAUUCAAGGAACGUAUGGAAUGCAUAUACAUCAUAACGUGUCCGUAACUGCGGUGGAGGGACAGAACGUCAGCCUGCCAUGUUUUGUGGGAGAGGAACAUGAAAUCAAAAUUAUCCAGGUGGAAUGGCUAAAACAGAAGAAUGAUAAGAAUGAUAAGAAGAUCGUGGUGUUCCAUCCGUCAAUGCCAGAACAUUACUUUCAAACCGGUCCUCUUCUGACGAAGAUCACCAGUUCAAAAACUGGAAAGCUACAGGGCUCUGUCCUGACCCUGUAUGAAGUUACCAUGAAAGACAGUGGAAACUAUACUUGCGAAAUUACUUUUUAUCCUAUUGGCUCGAUUAAAAGAACUACAAAGCUGCAGGUCACAGAGCCUCCCGCAUCAGUGAAGAUGUCACAUCCAUACAGAUUCAUAAAAGAGGGAGAUGAAGUGAAAAUAAGUUGUUCAGCAAGCCCUCCACCACUCAGUUAUGAACUUAGGCGGUCAAAGGACAAACUAUUUUGGAUGGAAAGCUUGAAUGGAGAGUUCAUUUUACCAAAAGUCACCAGAAACAACAGCGAUCUGUACAUCUGUUCCCCUGAAUGGUCAUCUGUCCAAAAUCAGCAAGGUCUCAAUACCACUAUCGAACUGACUGUCAAUUUUCUUGAUGACAUUGAGUGUAACACAAGCAGCCCUUUUAAUGUUGGUUUUGGUGAAGAUGUGACGAUUUCUUGUAUUGCAAAAGCAUCUCAGUACUUACAAUAUAAGUGGAUAAGGGAUGACACAACACUGUCUCUCUCAGACACUUUGUCUCUGACUUCCGUAACAUCUAGCCAGUCAGGAACAUACAAACUGACAGCUGUCUUUCAGGACAAUCAGCUCCAGACAGACAUAGAGUUUUAUAUCAAUGUUCUCUCAAAGCAAGUCGAAGGAACGUACGGAAUGCAUAUACAUCAUAACGUGUCCGUAACUGCGGUGGAGGGACAGAACGUCAGCCUGCCAUGUUUUGUGGGAGAGGAACAUGAAAUCAAAAUUAUCCAGGUGGAAUGGCUAAAACAGAAGAAUGAUAAGAAUGAUAAGAAGAUUGUGGUGUUCCAUCCGUCAAUGCCAGAAUUUUACUUUCAAACCGGUCCUCUUCUGACGAAGAUCACCAGUUCAAAAACUGGAAAGCUACAGGGCUCUGUCCUGAUCCUGUAUGAAGUUGCCAUGAAAGACAGUGGAAACUAUACUUGCGAAAUUACUGUUUAUCCUAUUGGCUCGAUUAAAAGAACUACAAAGCUGCAGGUCACAGGUAAACUGCUCACGGUAACCUACAUUCUCAUAUUCUCAAAAAAUGUAAAAGUGAACAAGCGCUGUCUGCUAAUUUCAGAGCGUCCUGCAUCAGUGAAGAUGUCGCAUCCAUACAGAUUCAUAAAAGAGGGAGAUGAAGUGAAAAUAAGUUGUUCAGCAAGCCCCCCACCACUCAGUUAUGAACUUAGGCGGUCAAAGGACAAACUAUUUUGGAUGCUAAGCUUGAAUGGAGAGUUCAUUUUACCAAAAGUCACCAGAAACAACAGCGAUCUGUACAUCUGUUCCCCUGAAUGGUCAUCUGUCCAAAAUCAGCAAGGUCUCAAUACCACUAUAGAACUGACUGUCAAUUUUCUUGAUGACAUUGAGUGUAACACAAGCAGCCCUUUUAAUGUUGGUUUUGGUGAAGAUGUGACGAUUUCUUGUAUUGCAAAAGCAUCUCAGUACUUACAAUAUAAGUGGAUGAGGGAUGACACAACACUGUCUCUCUCAGACACUUUGUCUCUGACUUCCGUAACAUCUAGCCAGUCAGGAACAUACAAACUGACAGCUGUCUUUCAGGACAAUCAGCUCCAGACAGACAUAGAGUUUUAUAUCAAUGUUCUCUCAAAGCAAGUCGAAGGCAGGUUUUGUAUAAAAAAUCCAAGCAUAGGUCCAGAAACAGUUUCUUCUGUUAUAACGAAGAAAACCAUCACCACCACUGUGACAACAUCGGGAGAAUCAAAAGGCAAAGCUUAUAUCUCUGUUCCGUUUGUGUUGCUGUUGCUCGUGCUGACUGUGCCUCUAUACUAAAGACACCUAAACCAAAAAAAAGUGGAUAUACCUUUCAAAACUUCUCACCAAAUACACAUCAGUGAGGAACCAUGAUGUCCCCAUACAGAUAUUCUUGUAUGAAUGUUUCUUUGCAAUUUUGUACUCACAAACCGUGGGCCACAUAUAUACUGGAUAUAUGCUGAAAAUCUUCACCCAAAAUGAAAAUUGUCAUCAAUUACUCAUUCUCAUGUUAUUCCGAACACAUAAGUGUUCAUCUUCAAAACACAAAUUAAGCUAUUUUUAAUUAUGCCUGAGAAAUUAACUUUCUUUCAUUGAAAGCCCAUGCAACCAAAAUGUAUGUAAUCCAUGGAUUACUAAAAUGUAAUCCAUAUUAAUUCAGCAGUUUAAUUCAAGUCUUCCAUAGAAAAACAGUUGCUUUGAAUUAUGAAUCGAUUCAGUUUAUGCUUUUGUUUAUAUAUAAACAUUAAGAAACACACAUACACAUUAAAUAAGUUAAAAAAUGUUUUUCGAAGAUGAACGAACAAUGGAACUCGUUCAAUAUUAAUUUGAUUUAAUUUAAUUUCAAAAAAGUCACAUUUGUUGUUUUUAUGUGAUUUCCUCUGUAUUUGUGUUUUUCUUAAUAGUUUGAACAUAUAAUUUGUAGCUCCAAAAACUUAAAAAAAAUCUUUUUUGUAACUUUUAAAAAUGUGAAUAUUGUGAUUGAAUUUUUACUGUGCUUUACAAACAUUAAACAUAUUAUUGAAUAUCUUGA